AUGGAAAGACAUAAUCUCACACACAUCUCUGACUUCUACCUCAUGCACUUCUCAGAGGACCCAGACCUGCAGCCCCUCCUCUUUGGACUGUUCCUGUCCAUGUACCUGGUCACAGUGCUCGGGAACCUGCUCAUCAUCCUGGCCGUCAGCUCUGACUCCCACCUCCACACUCCAAUGUAUUUCUUCCUCUCCAACCUGUCCUUUACUGAUAUAUGUUUAAGCUCCUCUACAAUCCCAAAGAUGAUUGUGGACAUUCUAAAUCACGGCAGAGUCAUUUCCUAUGUGGAAUGUUUGACACAGACGUCUCUUUUUGUCCUUUUUGGAUGUAUGGAUGACAUGCUUCUGACAGUGAUGGCCUAUGACCGCUUUGUGGCCAUCUGUCACCCUCUGCAUUAUGCAGUCAUUAUGAACCCUCAUCGCUGUGUCUUAUUAGUUUUGUUGUUAGUCUUUGUUAGCAUUUUGGAAUCCCAGGUACACAAUUUAGCUGCUUUACAAGUUUCCUGCUUCAAAGAUGUGGAAAUUGCUAGUUUCUUUUGUGACCCUUCUCAACUCCUUAACCUUUCAUGUUCUGACACCUUAUUAAAAAACAUAGUCACUUAUAUGGUUGGUAUCCUAUUUGGAAUUUUUCCCAUGUCAGGGAUCAUUUUCUCCUACUAUAAAAUUGUUUCUGCCUUCCUGAAAAUCUCAUCAUCUGGGGGGAGGUACAAAGCCUUUUCUACCUGUGGUUCUCACCUGUCAGUUGUUUGCUUAUUUUAUGGAACAAGCCUGGGAACGUAUCUUGGUUCAAAUACAUCAUAUAUGCCCAUCAAGGGUAUGGUGGCCUCACUGAUGUACACUCUGGUCACCCCAAUGCUGAACCCCUUCAUCUACAGCUUGAGGAACAGGGACAUCAGUAGCACCAUGAAGAGGCUCCAUUUUUGGAAAACUUAA